UUGUGUUUGAAAGUUGCAGUUCUUGAACGAAUCGAUUGUAUCGUAUGUUACAAAAUGACGGAUAUUAUUUAAGAUAAUAAAAAUAUCCACGUUUUGUAGAGAAUUUAACGAGGAAUCUUUUGCUAAAAACGUUUUUCUUAAACACUGAUAUCUAAGUGAGAUAUAUGGAAAAUACUGAGAGGCUCAUUCAUUAUGCGUUACCCGUUAUGGGGAACAGAACUGAUAAGAAGAUGACCGUAGUAUUCCAGCAAAAAAUCUUGAAAAAGUAUUCGUUGCACCAUACCUUGUUUAGAUUGGAUAAACGUUUAAUACCUGAUGUUUCUUACACACAAUAUUUAGCAUUAGAUUUAGAGAUUGAUAAACAUGAUAUGGUUAUAAUUGAUGCACGUCAAGGUAGUACAAAACUAAAAAUAGCAUUAAAAGCAAAAAUAUCAAAUUACACACAUAAAGUAGAAAAAAUAGGAGAAAAAAUUCAAACAUUUAUACUGAGUGAAGGUAAAAUGAUUUCUUAUAUUAAAUCAUUACCAACAGCAAAAGAAGUUGAACAAAUUCAUAUUGAAUUUUGUAAAAAUACAACCAUAAAUCAAGAUGAUGACAAUGAAAGUCUCGCACCAAAUGAUAUUGAUUUUUAUUUACAGAUGAAUGAACGUCCAACAGUUAUUGAUCGUAUAUCAUGGGACUAUUUAUUAGAAAAAAGUCGUGAAAUAACGACAUUUUACAAUGAACAACUGUAUGGUCCAUAUAAACAAGGCUCAGAAAAAUUAUCAAAUGAAAAAAUUUUAUUUCACGAUACUUGUACAACCAAUAUAGAUGGAAUAUUCAAAGAAAAUUUUCUUUGUAAACAAACAACUGAUGCAGGAUGGUUUGGUAAAGGUCUUUAUUUUCCAAGUUCUUCAAGAUACGCUAUAUUUUAUUCUAAACAACAUGGUGAAAAAAUUAUCUACUCGUUGUGUUCAUCAGUAGCGUUAGGAAAAAUGUUACAUAUUAAAGACAGAAGUUAUGAUGGAGAAGACCUUCAUCCCGAUUAUAAUAGUCAUUAUAUUCGUGUCGAUAAAAAUUCAAAUAAUCCAAUUACUAAUGACAAUGAUGACUAUUAUAAAGAAUAUGUCGUUAAAAAUAAUGAACAAGUUUUACCACUAUAUGUUAUUGGUCUUCGUCGAACAUCUAAAUUUGUUUUAUGGCGUGAUGCAGAAAUCGGUAGUGGUGAAAAUGCUCAGAUAUUUCAGAUUUUAAAAGGACAAUAUGGUUUUAAUAUUUAUGCAAGUGAAACAUCAGAUGAAGGUAUUCAGUUAUUAAAACGAAAAAUACAGAAUAAUAAAAAAUGUGUUGUUAUAACAAAUGGUAGUAAUAAUGGCAAUGAAUUUGCACAUGAAUGUAGAAAAAUAUGUUCGACAAUACCAAUUCUUGUCUAUUGUAGAAAUGUUGAAUAUCAUCAACGAUGGGCGUUCGAAUUAGGUGGUACACCAGCAAUUAAAGUAACAGAUAAUGAAAUGGAUAUAUUUGAAUAUAUUAAUAAAAUUCUCAUUGAAACAUAA